AUAAACGGAAAAAGGGCACAAAUUGGUGGGUUUACUUCUUGCAACGAAUCACGUACACUUUUAAACAGCUUCUAGAAGCAGCAUCGGGGCAAUGUAUCACCGCCAUCCACUUUGAAAUCCGUAUUCCAAUGUACUCAACUAGGACUAACACUGCGCGCCCGGAGCAUCCCUACGCGAAGGCCAACAUCUUCGGAAAGUACUUUUUCUGGUGGCUCUGGGAACUACUUCGCACCGGACUUCGGCGGCAAAUUGUUGUGGACGAUAUCUAUCGGCCUUUGGAUGGGCAUCGGAGCCACCAGAUCGGGACCCGGUUCGAGGAAGAGUGGCUGAGGCAAAUUCAAGUGCAUCCUACUAGAAAGACGACGCCGGCAUCGGAAAAUUGCCAGCCAAAGUCCAACGACGCCGACGAAGAGCACGAUGGCAAACCCUGGCAAAUGCUCCGGGUAGUGUUGAAAAUUUAUGGCCGCAGCGUGCUCCUCUUUGGGACGAUCUAUAGUCUGCUGGAGUCUGGUUGCAGAAUCGUUCAGCCGUUUUUGCUCGGUCAAUUGAUCCUGUACUUCGAUCGGCUGGCAACGGAUCGGAACGACCAUAAUGGUUCCAGCGACCAUCAGCAACAAGGACGAAAUCGACAAAUGGACCUUAAUGGUGAUGCUGAUGGUGAUGAUGGCGGCGACAUCGAUGAAUCGGCGCGGGCCUUCCUUUAUGCCGGCGGAAUCGUGCUGACGGUGGUGCUUCCGUUGGCCAUUUUCCACGUCUAUCAGCUGUUUUUGCUGCAGAUUGGGAUGAAAAUCCGCAUCGGAUGCUGCGCGCUUGUUUAUCGGAAGAUCCUACAGCUGCGAUCCUGCCAAUCAGCAGACGGCCUCAGCGGCCGGGUCAUCAAUCUUAUGUCCAACGAUGUGAGCCGGUUCGACUACGCGGUAAUCUUUUUCCACGACCUGUGGAAGGGCCCGGUCGAGUUGAUCAUCGUCACCGGGCUGGUGUACGAUCUGAUGGGCCCAAGUGGACUGAUCGGAAUAGUGCUGUUGCUGUUGUUCAUUCCCGGUCAGGCUUGGCUAGGCAAGGCUUCGGCUGGGUUUCGCAUGAAGGCCUCCCAAGCUUCCGAGGAACGGAUACAGUUUAGCAACGAGGUGAUUCAGGGUAUCCAGGUGAUCAAGAUGUACGUCUGGGAGCGACCGAUUGAGCUUAUGGUGCAGAUGCUUCGGGUUAAGGAAAUACGUGCCUUGAGAGGAAGUGCUUUCAUUAGAAGUGCGUUGUUCGCCCUGAGGAUAUUGCCGAAGUUGUCGAUAUUUCUAAGUUUAGUGGUUUAUGUGCUCUUGGGGAAUGCUCUGACGGCGGUGAGGGUUUACAUGCUGGUAUCGUUUUUUAGUGUGAUUAAUCAUUCGAUGGUUGAGUUUUGGCCGCUGGCAGUGACUUCCUGUGCGGAGGCAUGGAUAUCGUUGAAGAGAAUUCAAUCGUUUCUGAUGCAGAUUGAGUCGAAAGAUUCGGUCGAAGAAGAGUCGGAAGCAAAGCUGGUGCAAGUAACAAUGGAUGGUGUGAAAGCAAGUUGGCCUGAGUCAAAUUUUAAUUUGAAUAUUCACUGUUGUAAUAUUCAGGUGGGGGAACUUUGGUCCAUUAUUGGACCAAUUGGUUCUGGGAAAAGUAGCGUUUUGAAUCUCAUUGUGAAAGAGCUUGAAUCAAGCGAAGGGUCAGUGGUGGUGUCCGGAAAGGUUAGUUACUGUUCGCAGAGACCGUGGCUUUUCGAGGGAACCGUCAGGGAAAAUAUUAUUUUUACGGAAGACUUUGAUGAAAUGCGUUACAACGAAGUGAUACGAGUGUGUGCGUUGGAAAGGGAUUUUAAGCUGUGGCCUAAUGGGGACACGACAAUUGUAGGGGAAAGGGGGGUUAGCUUGAGUGGCGGUCAAAAGGCACGGAUCAAUUUGGCCAGAGCGGUUUACCGAAAAGCGAACAUUUAUCUGUUGGAUGAUCCUCUGUCGGCUGUGGAUGCACACGUGGGAAAACACAUCAUGGAAGAGUGUGUAAGACGCUUUCUGAGCAGCCACAUCUGUAUUUUGGUGACCCAUCAAGUGCAACAUCUCAAAGAUACUGAUCGAAUACUUUUGCUGAACGCUGGUCAAGUGGAAGCAUCAGGAUUGUAUCGAGAACUGGGUGAAAGCAUCCCGAUGGAACCGGCUUUGCAAAACCCGAAUGCCACUGAAAAAUAUGAAUCAGAAGAUAUUCAAACGGAUAACGUCGUUCAACAUACCAACGAAGAGGGACAAAAACAGGGAAAUGUCGGUUUCACGGGAUAUUUCAAUUUCCUCAAGUCAGUCCGGAGCUGGAUUUUUGUUGGUCUGGUAGCGGUAUUACUGAUGGCUUGGCAAGCAGCUUCAACAGCUACAGAUUAUAUCGUAUUCAUUUGGGUAAACUGGGAGCAGAACCAUUCGGAUUCCCCGGAAUCAACCUGGACCACCGAGCUGCACAUCGUUGUGUACGCAAGUCUAAUAACCCUAACGCUGCUGCUGUCCAUAAAUUCGUUUGCCUUCUUCGAAAUGUGCCUGCGGGCAUCGCGAAAUCUGCACCUGGCUCUGUACCGCGGAAUCGCCUCAGCCACCAUGUACUUUUUCAACACCAACUCAUCCGGACGCAUCAUGAAUCGCUUCUCGAAGGACAUCGGCCUGAUCGAUUCCAGCCUACCGGUGGUGCUAAUUGAUAGUUUGUACUUCUUCCUGGAACUGGUCGGUAUCAUAGUGAUUGUGUCCCUCGCUAAUUACUGGCUUCUGGUGCCGACCGCCAUCAUGGGUGUGAUAUUCUAUUUGCUGCGGCACAUUUUUCUGGAAACGGCACGCAACGUCAAGCGGGCGGAGGCAAUUACACGAAGUCCGGUGUUUAGCCACACGAAUGAAACCAUCGAAGGCCUGGUUACGGUGAGGGCUUUCAACGCUCAAGCUCCCAUGCUGGAAGCGUUUGACGCGCGGCAAGAUUUGAACACCUCAGCGGCUUUUCUUUUCGGUGCAAUUACGAGAGGAUUUGCGUUUUGGUUGGACCUCAUUUGUUCCCUCUACAUAGCAUCAGUAAUUUUUAGUUUCCUGGUCAUGGGAAAAGAAAUUCUGAGCGGAAACGUGGGACUUGCCAUAACUCAGGUGUUGAACCUGAUUGGAAUGUGUAACUGGGGACUUCGGCAGACGGCUGAGUUGGAAAAUCAGAUGACUUCAGUGGAGCGCGUUCUGGAAUACUCCCAGUUGGACCCUGAGCUUGAUGUGACCAAAUUUGACAACACAGAUUCUUUGGACGAAUGGCCAAAGCAAGGUGGAAUAGGUUUUCGAGAUGUGACAAUGCGAUACGGACUGGGAUCGGAACCUGUUCUCAAAGGUGUUAGCUUUGAAAUUUUACCAAAGGAACGUAUUGGAAUUGUUGGUCGAACCGGAGCAGGAAAAUCUUCCAUAAUUCAGGCCCUGUUCCGUUUAGCUCCCAUUGACGGUUCCAGCCAGGUCAGCGGAUUCCCUAGUGCCAUCGAAAUUGAUAAGAUCGACAUUGGAGGAGUGCCUCUGCGGAAACUUAGAGCUGCAAUCGCCAUCAUUCCUCAGGAUCCGGUGAUUUUCUCAGGAAGUUUGCGAAACAAUUUGGACCCGGCUGGGCAGCUGGGUGAUGAUCGAAUUUGGAAAGCACUGGAUCAGGUAGAGCUAAAGCAAACCAUUAUCCGGAACUGUGCCGGCGGACUGGAAACGAAACUAGCGGCCGGGGGAGCCAACUUCAGCGUCGGUCAGCGGCAGCUGAUUUGUUUGGCCCGGGCCAUCCUCCGGGACAGCCGAAUAGUGGUGAUGGACGAAGCGACGGCCUCCAUGGAUCAGGACACUGAUAGGCUCAUUCAGCGUACCAUCAGGGAGCACUUCCGGAAUUGUACUAUUCUGACCAUUGCUCAUCGAAUGCACACGGUUAUGGACAGCGAUCGGAUACUGGUGAUGGAUGCUGGACGAGUAGUGGAGUUUGACAGUCCACGAAAUUUGCUCCAAGCUUCGGGAUAUUUCCGCAGGUUAUUCAAUGAAAGUAGUUUGGAUGAAUCCCAAUAUUUGUAAA